UCUAUGCGAUAAAAAACGGUAUGUCAUACACCAUCGCAACCUGCAGCAGUGUACACGUCAUGGUCUUCGCGUCACAAAAAUACAUCGCGUAUUGCAAUUUACUCAAUCCGCAUGGCUUUGCGAUUACAUUGAAUUCAAUACCUGAUUUAGAAUGAGCGCGACAAACAAUUUUGAAAAAAAUUUAUAUAAAUUAAUGAAUAACGCGGUAUUCGGUAAAACUAUGGAAAACGUGCGCAAUCAUGUUAAUGUAAAAUUAUUAACGAAGUGGGACGGACGAUACGGCGCGGAGGCAAUGAUCGCAAAACCGAAUUUUCACAGUAGAAGCGUGUUUUCAGAAAAUUUAGUCCCCGUUGAACUGCGCAAACUUGAGGUAAUAUUCAAUAAACCAAUCUGCGUCGGUAUGUGCAUACUUGAUAUAUCGAAAGUGUGUUUGUAUGAAUUUCAUCACGAAUACAUGUUACCGUUAUAUCGCGACAAUUGUAAAGUCAUGUACAUCGAUACAGAUAGUUUAAUUUAUUACAUUAAAUGCGACGAUAUAUAUGAAAACAUGAAACGUGUUAUCAAUAGAUUUGACACGAGCAAUUAUUCGGCUAACAACGCGUACGAUAUACAGCUUGUAAAUAAAAAAGUACCGGGUUUAAUGAAAGACGAAAAUAAUGGCGCCAUCAUGACCGUAUUCGUUGGACUUAGAGCAAAAAUGUACGCGUUACGAGUAGAUGGUAAAAAGGAUACGAAAAAAGUUAAAGGCGUCAAGAGUAACGUCGUUGCGCGUGCUAUAACUUUUGACGAUUACACGAAAUGCCUUCACGAAGAGAUUGAAAUGACUCGACAGCAUCAUGUCAAAAUAGGGUCAAAAUUGCAUGAAGUAUAUACCAUCCGCGAGACAAAAAUUGCUCUGAGUACGAUGACAAGCGGUAUAUCGUACCCGAAACGGCCGACACGUUCCCAUGGGGACAUUACCGAAUACUCUUAUAAUGUAAUGUAAUAUAAUGUAACAUAAUGUAACAUAAUGUAAUAUAGUGCAUGCAUGCGUGUAUGUGUAUAUACAUGUAUGUAUAUGUAUGUAACACAAUGUAUUAUACUGUUGACUA